CGUGCGCCGCCUCCGAGAGCUCGGCUCGCGCGCGCGGCAGUAGCAGCGGCUGCUCCGUGACGUCACCCGCGUCCGCGUUACGUCACCGUGACGUUGAAAGCCGACGUCACAGGUCACCGGCGUUGUCCCGGGGCAGGGCUGUCGCGGCCUGCCCGCUGUCCCGGCCGGCCCGGGGGAAGUCGCAGGUGCUGCCAUGGCGGCUGCUCCCGCUCUCAUCCUGCAGCACCUGGACCGCCUGGAGCAGCCGCUGGAGAACCCAAGGCAGCAGCAGGAGCACCUGGAGCAGCUUCCAGACCCAGAGCAUCAGCGGGAGCAGCAGCUGGAUCACCCGGAGCAGCCGCUGGAGCACCGGGAGCGGCCGGAGCAGUCACCGGAGCAGCGUCGAGCCGCUGACAUCAUCCGCCUCCUGACCCUCUACCGGCCUCUGAUCGAUGCCUUCAUCAUCGAUUUCUUCACCGAGGGGCUGUGGGCACACCUGCCCCCGGCCUGGCAGCCCGCCCUGGCCAGCGCCACCCCCCAGCAGCUGGCCGGGCUCCUGGGGGGCCGUGGUGGCCCCGGGGCCGCCUGGCCCCUGUCCCUGCUGGCCUUCGCCGCUGCCACCCGGGCCCUCUCCUUCCCCCGGGGCCGCCCAGCAGGGUCCCCGCGCCCUCCCUGCCAGAGCCCCCGCCUGCACCCGCUGCUGCGCCGCCACGUCAAGCCCAAAAAGCAGCACGAGAUCCAACGCCUGGGCAAGCUGCUGCGGCGGCUGAGCCAGAGCACCGGCUGCCAGCGCGUGGUGGACGUCGGAGCUGGGCAGGGCCACCUCUCCCGCUUCCUGUCCUUCGGUCUCGGCCUGUCGGUCACGGCCGUGGAGAGCGACACCCGCCUGGCCGGGCUGGCCGAGCGCUUCGACCAGGACCUGCUGCGGGAGCUGCGGAAAACGGGGGCCUCCAGGCAGGGGGGGCACCCACGGCGCCGCCCAAACCGCCCCCUGAGCCCCCACCCCCGCGCCCCCCGCCACGUCCCCGGGCGCCUCGACCCCGCCGCUCCCUGGGGGGAGUUCCUGCUGCCCCCCGACCCACCCGGGCCUGGCCCUGCUGCCCGGAACCCGCUGGGGGACCCGGGGGGCUCGGAGGACGGGGGGCCGGUGCUGGUGACGGGGCUGCACGCCUGUGGCGACCUCAGCCCGGCGCUGCUGCGCCACUUCGCCCGCAGCCCCGCCGUGGCCGCCGUGGCCUCCGUGGGCUGCUGCUACAUGAAGGUGUCGACCACCCCGCUGCCCCCCGGCUGCCCCGCGCCAGGGUACCCGCUGAGCGCCGCGGUGGCGGCGCUGCCGGGCCACCAGCUGUCGUACCGGGCGCGGGAGGCCGCGUGCCACGCGCGGGAGGAGUACGAGGGGCGGCUGCGCGGUGACGGUGAUGGCGGCACCCGCCUGCUCGCCCACGGCUACCGCGCCGCCCUCGAGGGCGUCAUCCGCGCCGCCGACCCCGCCAAGAGGCACCUGGGCCUGCAGCCGGGCAGGAGGGCGCACGCCCUCGGCUUCCAGGAAUACGCCCGCCUGGGGCUGCCCUUGGCAGGGCUGGACCCAGCGGGGGUCCCGCUGGACUGGGGGGCCGUGGGGGCCAUGCUGGAGCAGCAGCACAAGGUGGUCGCGUUCUACACCCUGGGGCAGCUCCUGGCGCCCGUCGUGGAGACCCUCAUGCUGCUCGACCGCCUGCUGUACCUGCGGGAGCAAGGUUUCCACUGUGCCCUCGUGCCCCUGUUCAACCCCCGCUUCUCUCCACGGAACUUGGUGCUCGUGGCUGCACGGACCCCGCUGGCCGCAGUGCUGGCCGGGCUGGCCGAGGACAGCGAGGAUGGAAACAGCAGCGAGGACGAGGAGCCAGGGAGCUGAGAGGCCCCCCAGCCCCGGGCACAGACCACAAUAAACCCAGGAUUUUUUCCUGCCCA